CUGCCCCUCUCUGCGACUGACAGUCUCUACAUAAGCCUAAAAAGGCUUUUCACUCUCUCUUCGCUGGACAAGGGGCCAUCACUUCUGUUGGAACCCCAGUAGGACCAGAGCUGAGACUGAGGGGACACAAGGAACACGGCAAAGUCCUCACCAACUCCCCCUACAUCCUAACAACACAUCCCAAUGGCUUUAUAAAAGUUCCAGCAGCAGGGUGUUUGCCCUAAAUCUCCUUACCCCUCUUAUUUUGUUGCAUUCCAAGAUCUAAAGUGGGGACACCUGAAACUGAAGAGAUUACCCCCCAAAACCAGAGGAGCUAAUGACUAUGGAUUCCCACACGAGAUGGAAAAGAAGAAAUUGGACAAUAGAGUGGCCCCUCCUUGUAGCUUUAUCCUUGUCUAUAUGUUGUCGCUUCAGCGCAGCUGAACCAGCAGAUCUUUUGAAGGCAUUAGAUUUUCACACUUUACCAGAUGGUAUCACAAAAACGACGGGCUUCUGUGCCUUCCGAAAAUCUUCAAAAGGACCAGACGUGGCAUAUAGAGUGUCCAAAGAUGCCCAGCUUAGCGCUCCGACCAAGCAAUUGUUCCUUGAUACCCCAUUCCCAGAAGAUUUCUCCAUUUUGGCAACUGUGAAACCCAAAAAAGAAAGCCAGGCAUUCCUGCUUUCCAUCUACAAUGAGCAGGGAACCCAACAGAUUGGAGUGCAGGUGGGCAGGUCUCCAGUGUUCAUCUAUGAAGACCACACAGGAAAACCAGACCCUGAGGAUUACCCCAUCUUUAGAAACAUCAAUCUGUCAGAUGGGAAGUGGCACCGAAUAGCCAUCAGCGUGCAUAAGAAGAAGAUCACCUUGAUAGUGGACUGUACAAAGAAGAUCAACGGUUUCUUAGAUAGAGAUGACCACCCCAUUUUAGAUACUAACGGCAUUGUGGUGUUCGGCACCAGGAUCUUAGACGAGGAAGUCUUUGAGGGAGAUAUUCAACAGCUGAUGAUUGUGCCUGACCACCGUGCGGCCCAUGAUUAUUGUGUACACUACAACCCCGACUGUGACACCGCUAUGCCCGAUGCACCCCAGUCCCAGGAUCCCAACCAAGAUGAAUAUUACCCCGACGCUGCUGAAGCGGAAGGAGAAGGUUAUUACUAUGAAUAUCCUUACUACGAAGAUGAGAAGACCGAAACUGUAACAACCAAGUCCACGGCUGAUAAAGCCGAGGUAUUAAGGCCCGAAGCUCAAAUUGAAGAGGAGGAAACACCCACAACAACUGAAGCCCCUGCUAUCCCCGAAACUGAUGCUCCAAGAGUUGAGACCAGAGUAGAAAGUAGAGUAGAAAGCAGAGUGGAUAACCCCACGACAGAUGACUACAACUAUGAGACUGUACAUGAGGAAUAUUACACCGCCUCUCCUUAUGAAGAUAUCAACUACUCUGAAGGAGAGGAGACAGGAAUUGAGACUGUGACUACUGAGGAAGGCCUCGUCGAUGGAGAGGGAGACAUUUUGACCAAAACUGUCAUCACAAGCAGCUCAUCCAAUGGUUCCUCGGUCCUCACCAGCGGAAGUUCCAAAAAAGACGACAGUACCGAUGGAGAUUUCACAGAAGUGACGGUACAUGAGUACGACCAAGAGAAAGGCGCUUACUAUGACAUCUACGAUGAUAAGCUCUUCACCGACACUGAAGAUGGAAUUGGUGGCCAGCCGGCUGUACAAGAAGAAAUUAGUAUUUCAGGUGGGGCGAGAGGUGAAAAAGGACAGAAGGGAGAGCCAGCCAUCAUUGAACCCGGAAUGCUGAUUGAAGGACCACCCGGCCCAGAAGGUCCAGCUGGAUAUCCUGGUCCUCCUGGUACCACAGGUCCUACUGGCCCAUCUGGAGAUCCCGGAGAGAGGGGGCCCCCUGGUCGUGCAGGUCUCCCAGGAGCUGACGGAUUGCCCGGACCCCCAGGGACCAUGUUGAUGUUGCCAUUCCGCUUCUCUGGUGGUGGAGAUGGUGGAUCUAAAGGACCCCAAGUGUCUGCCCAGGAAUCACAAGCCCAAGCUAUUCUCCAGCAAGCAAGACUGGCGUUGAGAGGGCCAUCUGGUCCUAUGGGUCUUACAGGAAGACCAGGCCCAAUGGGUUCACCGGGUCCUUCAGGAUUAAAGGGAGAAUCAGGAGACUUGGGACCUCAGGGACCACGUGGGUCACAAGGUUCUCCAGGUCCAGUAGGAAAACCAGGACGAAGGGGACGGGCUGGCAGUGAUGGUGCUCGGGGAAUGCCUGGACAAACAGGACCAAAGGGUGACCGGGGAUUCGAUGGGUUGGCUGGUUUACCAGGCGAAAAGGGACAUCGUGGGGAGUCUGGCCCACACGGUCCCCCUGGGCCACCUGGAGAGGACGGAGAAAGGGGUGAUGAUGGAGAUGUUGGACCUAGAGGGUUGCCAGGUGAACCCGGACCACGAGGGUUGCUUGGACCUAAAGGACCUCAAGGGCCACCAGGAUCUACUGGUGUUCCUGGAAUGGACGGUCAAGUUGGCCCCAAAGGUAGUGUGGGGCCUCAAGGUGAGCCAGGACCACCCGGGCAGCAAGGGAACCCAGGAGCACAGGGUCUUCCAGGUCCUCAGGGUGCUAUCGGCCCACCAGGAGAAAAGGGCCCUUUUGGAAAACCAGGUCUUCCAGGAAUGCCCGGAGCUGAUGGACCUCCAGGUCACCCGGGUAAAGAAGGACCAUCAGGGGAGAAAGGAACCCAGGGACCUGCAGGGCCACAGGGGCCACUCGGAUACCCAGGAUCACGUGGUGUUAAGGGCGCUGAUGGAAUUCGUGGUUUAAAGGGAACAAAAGGAGAAAAGGGUGAAGAUGGUUUCCCUGGAUUUAAGGGUGAUAUGGGCAUCAAAGGAGACAGAGGUGAAAUUGGUCCUUCUGGUCCCAGAGGCGAAGAUGGUCCCGAGGGUCCAAAGGGUCGAGGUGGUCCAUCUGGAGAACUAGGUCCACUUGGUCCUGGUGGUGAGAAGGGAAAGCUUGGUGUUCCCGGUCUACCAGGUUAUCCAGGAAGGCAAGGUCCAAAGGGUUCCAUCGGCUUCCCAGGAUUCCCAGGAGCAAACGGAGAGAAAGGCACAAGGGGUACCCCUGGCAAACCGGGUCCAAGGGGGCAACGAGGUCCAACGGGUCCACGUGGUGAAAGAGGUCCAAGGGGAGCUACAGGCAAGCCAGGCCCCAAGGGUAACUCUGGAGGGGAUGGCCCAGCAGGUCCACCUGGUGAAAGGGGACCCCCUGGACCUCAAGGACCCACUGGAUUUGCAGGACCGAAGGGCCCCCCUGGUCCACCAGGGAAAGAUGGACUUCCCGGCCACCCUGGACAACGGGGAGAAACUGGCUUCCAAGGAAAGACCGGCCCUCCUGGUCCCCCUGGCGUUGUCGGUCCUCAGGGUCCAACUGGAGAGACUGGCCCAAUGGGUGAAAGAGGGCAUCCUGGCCCUCCAGGCCCUCCUGGUGAGCAAGGUUUACCCGGUGUUGCUGGUAAAGAAGGAUCCAAGGGAGACCCAGGUCCUGCUGGUUUACCUGGAAAAGAUGGUCCUCCCGGUCUAAGAGGUUUCACUGGAGAAAGAGGUCUCCCGGGUCCAAUUGGUUCUCCUGGACUUAAAGGCAAUGAAGGUCCUCCUGGUCCACCUGGCCCAGCUGGUUCCCCUGGUGAAAGAGGAGCUGCAGGUCCAGCUGGAUCUAUUGGACUGCCUGGAAGACCUGGCCCUCAGGGACCACCAGGUCCUGCUGGUGAGAAGGGAGCUCCAGGUGAGAAAGGACCCCAGGGACCUGCUGGACGUGAUGGUAUCCAAGGUCCUGUUGGACUUCCAGGCCCAGCUGGACCUGUUGGGCCACCUGGUGAAGAUGGUGACAAGGGUGAAAUUGGCGAGCCUGGGCAGAAAGGAAACAAAGCAGAUAAAGGAGAACAGGGUCCCCCAGGACCACCUGGUCCACAAGGUCCCAUUGGUCAGCCUGGUCCAUCAGGAUCUGAUGGAGAGCCAGGCCCCAGAGGUCAACAAGGUCUUUUUGGACAAAAGGGCGAUGAAGGACCUAGAGGUUUUGCUGGACCACCAGGACCUGUUGGACUUCAGGGUUUACCUGGACCACCUGGUGAGAAGGGAGAAACAGGAGAUGUCGGUCAGAUGGGUCCUCCUGGUCCCCCAGGUCCGAGAGGUCCUUCUGGCUCCUCUGGAGCUGAUGGCCCACAAGGUCCUCCUGGAGGAAUUGGCAACCCUGGUCCUGUAGGAGAGAAGGGUGAUCCUGGAGAGUCUGGUGAACCUGGUCUUCCUGGUGAACUUGGACCACCGGGCCCUAAAGGUGAGAGAGGGGAAAAGGGAGAAGCGGGUCUUCAAGGUGCUUCUGGCCCUCCUGGCCCUAAAGGUCCUCCAGGUGAUGAUGGUCCAAAAGGUAGCCCUGGACCAGUUGGAUUUCCUGGUGAUCCUGGACCUCCUGGAGAACAUGGUCCAGCAGGUCAAGAUGGUCCACCUGGUGAUAAGGGAGAAGAUGGUGAAUCUGGACAGCCAGGGUCGCCAGGUCCUACUGGAGAGCCUGGUCCAUCAGGGCCACCUGGAAAGAGGGGUCCUCCUGGUCCAGCAGGUCCUGAAGGACGUCAAGGAGAAAAAGGUGGAAAGGGGGAAUCGGGUUUGGAAGGACCUCCUGGUAAGACUGGCCCCAUUGGUCCCCAAGGACCUCCUGGAAAACCUGGUUCUGAAGGCCUUCGAGGAAUUCCAGGCCCUGUUGGUGAACAAGGUCUCCCCGGUUCACCAGGACCUGACGGCCCUCCUGGACCUAUGGGUCCACCUGGUAUACCAGGACUGAAAGGAGAUUCAGGUCCAAAAGGUGAAAAGGGUCAUCCAGGUUUGAUAGGUCUCAUUGGACCUCCUGGUGAACAGGGAGAAAAGGGAGACCGUGGCUUGCCUGGCUCUCAGGGACCACAAGGUGCUAAAGGAGAACAGGGUAUUGGUGGUUCAUCUGGUCCUUUUGGACCUCCUGGUCCUCCAGGCUUACCGGGUGGUCCUGGACCAAAAGGUGCUAAAGGUUCAUCAGGUCCAACUGGUCCAAAAGGUGAAUCUGGAAUCCCUGGUCCACCAGGUCCUCCAGGUCCUCCAGGGGAAGUUAUCCAGCCUUUGCCUUAUCAGUCCUCCAAGAGGACAAAACGUAGCAUUGAUGCAAGUCAAGUAGUGGAUGAUGAUGAAAACUACAUGGACUAUGCUGAUGGAAUGGAGGAAAUAUUUGGUCCUCUGAACGCUCUCAAACGGGACAUUGAACAAAUGAAACACCCAAUGGGCACUGUGGAAUACCCAGCAAGGACUUGCAAGGACCUUCAUCUGUGUCACCCUGAAUUAGCAGAUGGGGAAUAUUAUAUUGACCCAAAUCAGGGAUGCUCGAGAGACUCUUUCAAGGUUUUCUGUAAUUUCACAGCCGGUGGAGAAUCUUGUAUCUUCCCCGACAAGAAGUCUGAAGGAAAUAAACUGGCUCGCUGGCCCAAAGAGCUGCCUGGUACAUGGUAUAGUCAUUACAAGCGGGGUUCCAUGUUAUCCUACGUGGAUGCAGAUGGCCAUCCCAUUGGAGUGGUACAGAUGACGUUCCUGAGGCUUCUGAGUGCUUCCGUGAAACAGAACAUCACCUACAACUGCUACCAGUCCGUCGCAUGGCAUGAUGCCACCACCAACAACCAUGACAAGGCCAUUCGCUUCCUGGGGUCAAACGACGAAGAAAUUUCACACGACAACAGUCCUUACAUUCGAGCCAUUGUGGAUGCAUGUGCGUCAAAGAAAGGUCAUCAAAAGACUGUUCUAGAACUUGACACAACCAAAGUGGAACAGGCCCCUAUUGUGGAUAUUAUGUUCCACGACUUUCGAGAUCCGGCACAAAAAUUCGGCUUUGAGGUGGGACCAGUGUGUUUCAUGGGCUAAAAAAACCCCCAGAGUUGCGAUAUUAAAAAUCAGCCAAGAGAAAAGAGGCCAAUCACAAAUCAGAAGUCUCCAAAUGAGCAACCUUGAAACCUCAUCAAAGUUCUAUAUAUAUAUUUUUUUUUUCACAUGCACAUUCUGAAACUAAGACGGUGAAAGGUAAAAAAACAAAAAAAACAAGACUUCCCAAUGGCUUUGAGCCUGGACCACCAACUGCCAACACAGCCAUGGAAUCACAUGACUUAAUCACAUGACCUAUACAGCAUCACACCAUUAUAACCCACAUAUAAAAGAACAAUGGUCUCUGAGACUCGCGUCCUUUGGUCCAUUAUCACUAGAGUAGGCCUGAAAAGCAUUAUCCCAGCCUGACGUCAAUUUGGAACACUAUGGGGACGGCCCUUUUCGAGCCUAAGUCAAGGAAACGGCACAGUGAGUCUUGUCCCGUUGUAUUAAAGGUGCUUAUAUUUUUGUAUGUUUGUAAGUAAUUAUUUGUAUUGUAUAUUUUAUUAUUUUUGGGGGGCGGGUGGGGAUGGUAAAGAAUAUUAUUACUUUUCCUGUCUUUAAACCCUGCAUAUGGCUUAAAUUUCAAUGCUGAAUUCAUCCGCCGGCAUGGUAAGGUGCCAGGUAUUCUUUCACUCGGUUUCAACCUGAAAUGCUAGACCCAUACGAGGCUGGCAGCUCCUUUGAGUACGAGAGGGUGUUGCAAUAAACUGCCUGUCUGGCGCAGAAUCGCUUGCCUGGGUUUUGACUGAAACUGAUAUCAGGGAGAAUAUUUGUAACUAUUGACACAACUGUGCUUCCAUCCCAAUCCUUAGGGAUACUGAACUGUGACCAAAAAAAAAACCAGACAAAGCACAAACACUCAUAAUCUUCACCACUUGUGACAGAGCAAGGUCAACGGCUUCCAAAAACCGCAUGGAGUCUGUUAAUGUACCCAAAGGGAGGCUCUUUCAAUCUUUGUUUCCAACUGGAAAGCCACUGCUGUAGGUCUGACCUGAGCCAAGUGGAAAGCCCGGCUUGUGAUUGGUCUUCCAGCAGGUAACCCACCCUCCUUUCUUGAAAAGCUCUGUAUCUUGUCACUCAGUGGGAGAUUGCCUACAGUAGAGCAUAUCAUGUUUAUAUGUAUGGAAAAGGUGCUAUAUUUCUCCCUCUUGUUCAUUUCUCCCUGUGGUGCUAUGUGUUAUAUGAAAUCACUAAUGGUGCUCCAUCUGUGGACCAGCCUCCCACUGCUUUACCCAUAUUCACACACCCAUCUCUAGUUAGAAGAGAGGUAUAGUGCAUGCUGCUCUUGUAUUCAUAAACUGUGUAGAUAUGAGAUAAUUCUAUUAAUAAUAAACAAAAAUAAGGAAAAAUAUCUGAAAACGGUAUUGUGGCAACGUCCCAUUCAGAAAUAUUCCGCUUUGUGUUAUCGCUCCGUCUGUUGUUUGUGUGUUGUCAUGCUGGAUUGUACUCAAAAACUCCAAUACUGAUUUGUAUUUUGUGGUGCUAACUUAUGUAUUUUUGUUUGAAAACAUUGAAGAAGAGAUGGCCUUUUUUCUCUUGUGCUGCCCCCCCAGUAGUGCAGAUUGUGUGACGACAGUGGGGAGGAGAGCAGCCCAAAUUCGGUUCUUGCCACAUGAACUUUUUACCAGACACACGUACUGUACCAAGAGGUUAAUAUGGUGAAAUUCACUGACCAAAUAAAAAAAGGGACAAAAAGUGUUGGAAUUGUUUCAUUUAUGGGAAGGAAUGUGUGACAUAUCCACUGCUUCAAUGUCGAAGGUGUGUGUUCUUAAUUAACUAGUUCUAGUUAUGAGUAUUGGGUAAUCCACUACUUACUGAUGUAGAAGUGGGGUCAUUGGGGGGCGGGCUGCUGAACAAAGAGAUCAAUGACUGCACACCCUUCUUCUGAUCACAAUAAAAAACAAAAAUCAAUGAAUUCACCCCCAAAUGCACAGAUGAUAAAUAUGAGGCGCUCUAAGUGUGAAUGCUCCCAAAAAAAAUCCCCCAGUUGUGUUCUACAUGUAGCCCUCGCUGGGAAUUAUAGAGGAUUUCCCCACGGUGCUAGAUAACGGUUCUGUGCCAAGCCGUCUCUCAAUCCUGCACCCAAACAUUAAGAAAUUGGAAAUUAGGUAGAUUCCUAAUGAUCAACGUACAAUGCCACUUACCCUUCCACAAAGGCAGCCAUUAACAUCUUGGUUCAGAAGCUGAGCUACUAAUGAGUCGGUCCCAUCUCUGAGACCCUGGAGCAGUGAUUGGUACAGAUUUUGCCGAGACACAAGACGCCUCGGGCAGUCGAGCCCUAAUGACUCAUGUCUUCUUUAAAUUACAACUCAGAUGCAACAGCAUUUAAGGCAUCUUGCAAUAAUCUUUGUUAUCUCAGGAACCAUCUUGGCACGGUGUGAAAGCCUCAGUUUUUCCAUGACAAAUGGAGCAGAUAAGGGUUCUAUCUGACAGUCUUAAAAUAGCAUUGUCCCUAGAGAUUCGCCGUACUCUAAUUUCCAUCCAGAGGCGCAUUGCAUGCAGGCUGCAGACCCUACAAGACACAUGUGGGACUUAAUUAGCAUUCGUUUUUAAAUCUGGGUGUAUUUCUGAACAAAGCACUUGUGAAAGGGUCUGUGAUGCAUAGCUAACAAGCCUCUGAGCAGAUACAACAUUAUCUCCUAUCUUCACUGUGAAACAGAAAGUAAGGAGAUGGAAGCAUCUUUUUUUUAGUUCCGGUAUUUCUAUUUAAUGAAACAUAUUGGGCAGCGGAUAAGCGCAAUUCCCCCCAGAGAAAGCCAGUCCAUCACAUAGUAAGUGUUUCUAUAUGAGCAGUGUUGGGCGCUAUCACGUCCAGUUUCAUGUAGAAGACACAAAGCUUUUACUACAAUUAUCUGAUUGUUUCCAAAUGACAUCUGGCUGCCUCCUGGCACUCUCAAUAGCAGAUCAACUUUUCAGCUCAGAGCUGCCGUCUCCCAAAUCCAGUGGCUGCAACACAAAUCUUUCUUGUAAAAACCAACCCAAUAAAUAAUGGCGCCAAAAUGUUUCUUUUUCCAGCUGCAAGCAUAUGCGUCUUCGUUGACCCUCGAUUCAUUGUGCGGGCGAUGAGCUGGACUUUUGGAAAACUCGGUGGUAUACGUUGAUGAGGAACGCUGAAUGCCAGACGUUCCCAUCUGAAUUAAACAUUAAAACCAAGGCAUCUAUAAUAUUUUAUCAGUGCGGUAGGUUUAUUCAAGCAAUGUGUGGUCAAAAGAACUGUUAAAUACACUCGGAACAUCUGUCUAUUCUGGUAGCACCUCAGAUCUCAUUAAAGGAUCUUGGUUAUGAUGGAAAACACAUGAAGCUGGUGGGAGCAAUUGAGAAGAUCAUGCAAAGGAUGAUGGCUCACCACAAGAAAGUCUAUUCUUUGAUGAUAUCUACGACUGAUCCCAUAAAAAAUUCCAUUGAAAUUGAAUUUCGCUGUUUUUGAAGUUGUAAUGACUACUUCCAACCACAUCUAUGCUGCACCAGAGUAUCCUAGUCUGACCCAUCUCUUGAGCUGAAGGUUUCUCACAGUACAAGUAGGAGUCAAAGAUCUCUGGUUUUGUUCAUUGGCUUGUUUGGAUUCUCUCUGCUCCCCCAUUUCAGUAUUCUAUAGUCUUGCCUACAGCUUCACUUUCUGCUUUCAUUCCAGUUGUGUUUUGCACAGUCAUUGGUCCUCCUAAGAGCAUUUUCAUUGAAGCUCCCACAGGGAUGAACAGCAAGUCUGUAGCUCAAGCAAUGGACCGGACUAGAACACUUUCAUUGUGGUUUAGGGGUAAAAAGGCGUGGAGGCCUUAACUGAAGCAAUGGGCUGGACUAGAACACUUUUAUUAUUUAGGGGGAAACAGGCCAGGAGGCAUUAACUGAAGCAAUGGGAUGUACUAGAUGAUGAUCAACAAGGGACGAGAAGGUUCCACCUAAAGCAAUUGGCCUGGCUAGGAUCCAUUAAUAGCAGCUCAUAGGAGGCUUGAGAUCACAGUCUUUAAUUCAAAGAGAGGGAAAAGAUAAGGGCAUUUAAAGGGUCGCAGGGAGUCUUUACUGGUUUUGUGUAAGCGCUGUCAUAAAGGAAAGCCCAGAAUUAAAGAGACAACUUGCUUCUCCAAUAAACCCCCCUCCAUUUUCCCAUCUACGGCUUCUGUUUAAGUAAUUGUUUAUCAAGGAACUAAAACGUCUUUGCGCAUAAAAACAUCAGCUCUUAAAGGUGUAUUUUCUACCUAAAUGAAUGUGAUACUGUCUAGGUCAUGUGAUUCUUCAUUCGCUCAAUAUUGUUCAAUGUCUUCCCCUCCCCCCCCUCUCACGAGACCACAUACAGGAUCUUUACCGAAAUAAACGUUCUUCUUGUAUUUGCA